UUCUCUCUCAACUUCGUUCAUUCCAUGCUCUCAAAUUCAAAAUUCUCACAAUCUGAUUCAGUUUCUCUGAUUUUGAUUCAAUUUUGAGCUCUUCUUGUUGAUGUAAGGAUGCCUGCUACUGAUUUUCAGAGUUCUUCGUUGCCGUUUACCAACAUUGGCCGUUCGAUCUUCAGUCUCCGCCGUGAUCAAGUUCAUUCCAUGGAGAGCAGCGCUCAUGAUGGCGUCUCCUUCGUUUCCGAUCUCGAUUUCUUCCAGAAGCAGGUCACUCAACGGUUUCAGGAUUUGUCGUCGGUUUCUUCUGAGGAGAUUUUGUCGCUCUCGUGGAUUAGGAAGGUUUUGGAUGCUUUUAUUUGUUGUCAGGAGGAAUUUAAAAUCAUUUUGUUUGCUCGGAAGGCGGAAAUGUGUAGACUGCCGAUGGAUAGGAUGGUUUCGGAUUACUUGGAGCGGAGCGUGAAGGCGCUUGAUGUUUGUAAUGUGAUUAGAGAGGGGAUUGACCAGCUGAGGCAGUGGCAGAAGUUGUUGGAGAUUGUGCUUAGUGCUUUGGAUGAUUCUAGUCACAAGAAGACUCUUGGUGAAGGCCAAUUUCGCCGUGCCAAGAAGGCUUUGAUAGACUUGGCGAUUGCAAUGCUCGAUGAAAAUGAUGCCAAUUCUCCGGCUAUUGCACAGAGAAACCGUUCUUUUGGACGCAGUAAUGGUACCAGAGACAACAGAUUCUUGGGGCAUUUCCGUUCGCUUUCAUGGAGCGUUUCGCGUUCGUGGUCGGCCGCUAGGCAGCUUCAGGCCAUUGGGAGCAAUUUGACUGCACCGAGGGCGAAUGAGACUAUGGCUACCAAUGGCCUGGCAGUCCCUGUUUUUACAAUGAACAUGGUAUUGCUGUUUGUAACGUGGACUCUGGUAGCGGCGAUUCCUUGCCAGGACCGUGGCUUAAAUGUUCAUUUUUCGUUGCCCCGGCAGUUCGCAUGGGCGGCGCCAAUGCUUUCACUUCACGAUCGGAUUUUGGAAGAAUCGAGAAGGCGGGAAAGAAGAAAUGCUUGUGGGUUGUUGAAGGAAAUUCAUCAGAUCGAUAAAUUUGCGCAUAUUAUGAAUGAAUUGGCUGAUACAGCACAGUUCCCCUUGACGAAUGAUAAGGAAGAAGAGGUGAGGCAAAGAAUGCAGGAGCUAUCUCAAAUUUGUGAAACUUUGAAGAUUGGUUUGGAUCCUCUGGAACGGCAGAUCAGAGAGGUGUUCCAUCGAAUUGUACGCUCAAGAACGGAAGGGCUUGAUUUUUUAGGACGAGGAAAUAACCAUGAAUAGAAAAUAUCAGAUUGUUGCACAGAUUACAAAACAUCUUCAUAGUUGGCUUCCAGAGUUGUGAGAAGUUUGAACAAUGGACGAGUGAAAUAAACGAAAGGGUAAGAGAAAUUUCUUUGUAGAAUCAGUGUGUAGUCCACAGUGAAAUUAGAUACGGAAUGGACUCUCACAUUCCUCAAGCUUGUACCAUUAAUUUUCUGUCUGUGUUACAUCUUCGUUGAUGUAGCUGUUCUCUGUGAUAUUUAUAGCAUGGUAAAUACAAACAAUUUGUGUUGGGGUAGGAAUAUCUUUUGAUAAA